UACAGGGUGACUGGUAAUUCGACCUAUUCCUUGAAAGGGGUUAUUCUAUAGCUUAUUUGCAAUGUUUUUAGCCCAGUCAACCAGGGGUCGAAACUCAAUGGUUUUCGAGUUAUUCGAGUUUUUAGUUUUUUUCGAAAAAACGCCACCUCUUGGCCUAUGAAUGGCAAGUGUAAGAAAAGUACAUGCAUUAGGAUGGUUUAUUUUUAUUUUUUUGGUAGCCAGUGAACAAAGGAUUACUUUUAACAUAAAAACAUGUCAAAAAAAUACGAAGGCUUUAAAAAUAAAAGGUUAUAAGUCACAAGUUAAAGUUUCUUUUUGCCAUUUUUUUUAAAUCAAAGGCGAUUACUCAAAAAAAGUUGUAAGAUACUUCGCGUAAAAAUUACAUAAAUGAAUUCCGUUAUUCAUACCCUUUCCAAAAAUGUACAAAUGUUGACAUGUUUUACUCAGUUAUUGAAAAUAAUAACAUUAAUAACGGAGCAGGUAGAGAGUCUGCUGGAAGCGUACUUGACCCGAAGUCGGUUUGUGUCGGGUUGUCACAUUGUUUUUGUUUGUGCUUUGUUUGCCUUCGUCUUAUCUUGACUUAUCUUAUCUUUUGCGUACUUUGGAAUUCAAGGUCGGGUUAUCAAUUAAUGAGUAAUAAUAGGUAAUUUCGGUAAGAUUCGGAUAAUGUUCGUGAUAAACCGAGGCUUCAUUGUCUUUCUCCUUCAAGUAAUUAAUCAGUUACUUUCAACUAAUCCUUCCAAUCGGUCAUCUUUCUUUACGUAAUGGCGGCUUAUCAAUUUGAAGAAUACGCGGAUAUCCUGUAUUUUUACGGAUUUGCUGAUGGUGACGCUGCUGCAGCACGGAGAGAAUAUCAACGACGGUUCCCAAAUCGCCGCUUACCUGAUGUAAGCGUGUUUGGUGAGACUUAUCGACGAAUUCGAGAAUCGGGAUCGGUUCAACGACGCCAAGCUAAUGCUGGAAGACCUCAAGUUCGUAAUCCUGUUCAAGAAGAAGAAAUCCUGGAGCUGUUUCGGGCAGACGGCACUAUUUCGACGAGAGAAGUGGCUCACCAGCUCGGCAUGAGUCAGUGGAAAGUUUGGUUCACACUGCACUCAUCACGGCUGUAUCCAUACCAUUACACUCCGGUACAUGCCAUCGAGGAGGGAGAUCCUAGAAGAAGGCUAGAUUUCUGCCGAUUUUUGGUCAAUGCUGACAUUGAAGAUCCGGAAUACCUGAAGAAAAUCUUGUGGACAGAUGAAUCGAACUUCGACCGUGAUGGAAUCACGAAUUAUCACAACCUGCAUUUUUGGGCCCCUAAAGGUCAAAACCCUAGAAAAUCAAAUGAAGGAGCUCACCAGCACAGAUUUUCUUUGAAUGUAUGGAUGGGAAUUAUGCAUGACAAGUUGAUCGGGCCUUUCUUCCUGCCAGCACGUUUAAACGGCAUCGCCUACGGAUAAUUUUUAAAGGAACAGUUACCCAUGCUGCUGGAGGAUGUACCGCUUGGUACAAGGAUGACCAUGGUUUACCAACAUGACGGCUGCCCUGCUCACUACUGCCGGGAUGUGCGACAGUGGUUGGACGUUAACUAUCCAGAGAGAUGGAUUGGGCGAGGCGGCCAAAUCCCUUGGCCAGCAAGAAGUCCAGAUUUGACUCCAUGUGACUUUCACAUUUGGGGUCACAUGAAGGCAUUAGUUUACGACAGGCCAAUACAAAGUGUAGAAGACUUGAGAGAAAAAAUUUUAGCCGCUGCCGCAACAAUGAAAGAAAACAUGUCGACCCGAGUAACAAUAACUGCAGUACGCAAAAGGAUUCGUGCUUGCAUGCGAAAUGGAGGCAAGCAAUUCGAACAAGAUUUGUGAUUGUUAAUAAGAAAAAUUGCUCUGAUUAUUUAUUUUAAGAUUGAUGUUAUCCUCUUGUUGUUUUAAGAUUGAUUUUGCUUGUUAUGCUUGUUAAUAACAUUUAAUUAAGAUUUAAUACGAUUAAGUUUAAGAAAACCUUUGUAACUGUGAUUAAGAUUUUAUUACAAUUAGUUAUUUUAAGAAGGAAUUUGAUCCUUAAAUGGUUGUUUUAGUUCUUUCAAUCACUCUUACCAGCAACAAACCCAUUUUUCUGUUACAAAAACACAAACAAACCGGGUUUUGAUAAGAAAUUCCCCAUUAUUACUCAUUAAUUGAUAACCUCAUACGAACAUGUCCGACUCUUACCGAAGGCAACCUGCCCCAACCUUUAAUUCCAAAGUACACUAAAGAUAAGAUAAGU